AUGUACCAGCCGAUUAUGCGGGAGGAGCUGCAGGCGCGCCUGCCCAACUUUGACCCGGCGCGGGAUCCCCAAGUGGGGGAAUGGGUGCUCGUCCGCCCGUCCCGCCGCGCCGCCCUUGUGCGCCCGUUAGCGCGGCUGGCGGCGGACCGAGCACUGCGGCCCGUCUACCCGUUCCUGGCGGGCGGCCCUCCUGCCGGCGCGCCGUCCUCGGCGUCGCCGGCGGCAGCGGCGGAGCCCGCGGCGACCGCCCACGUGGAUCCCCGCCACAUCUUUCCGGCCUUGGACGAGGUGUGCCGCAAGUAUCGCCGCCGUCGCCUGCAAACUGUCGCCGCCGUCGGCAGCGAGAAGGACGAGGCGAAUAUCCAAAGCGACGGCGAUGAAGAGGAGGAUGAGACCACGCUUUACUUAAAUCCGCGAGCUUUACUGUUAACACCAUGCGCACCGGCGGUGUUUGGUGGCUCCGACUUUAUCGAGGGGCUGGACAAAGCCACCGGCCGUGUGGUGUUUCUAAACUGGAAAACAGGGGAGAUGCGCACGGAUAGCUUGGCCCUACAGCCAAGACCAACACCGGAGUGGGCCGAGGAGGUGGUGGAAAAGGCAAUGAAGGAAUGGGAGGAUUGGCAGCGGCGGGACAGGAACGCGUUGCAAUCGCGGGAAACAGACUGUGAGGCACCACCGUUUCGGAAGGCGCGAACCGAGUGA